UUACGGUGUGGAGAAUCCUACCUAAUCUUAGGGGGCAACAUGUCUGUUGGGUAAACCUGGCUGAAUUUGUUAUAUUUUAUUACAGAUAGCGCCCAGGGGACGUCUGAGCUGAUGAAUGUACAUGUAUCCAUGAUCCUAUCAAGUAUACCGCCUUGUCACCCACAAAGCCAGGCAUAGUCAUUCUGUUCACCCUGGGUAUUCUGUGCCCCAGCUCCUACCACCCCCAAGCGUCCACGGCUCAUGAGUUCAUGCCCAGCAUGGCCCAGAGAUCCGUCACAGGCGCUCGCUUCUACACGGCCACCCCCAACGUUCAGAACUGGCGACCCCCAUGGGCCUGGUGCCGCCUCGUCCUCUCCUUCUUGGCCUGUCUCUUCCUCAUGCUCUCCUCGUUCCUCUUGCGCUGCGCCAUCUCCUCACGCUUGGCCUUGGCCUUGCGGGCGCCCUCGCGCGAGUACGGGACCACGUUGCCGUCGGCGUCGGUCAUGGCGGGCUGGUCGAGGGGCGGGCGCACAUUCUGACGCUUGGCGGGGGCGAUGAUGUUGGCCCAGACCUGGCCGUCUGUGUCUGCGGGAUUGACAACGUCCCUCUGGGCGUUUGUAUUGGUGGUUGGGUGGCUGCCAGCAGCGAGUGUGAAGCCAACGAGGGCAAAGACGGAAAAGAGGGACAGCUGCAUAGUGAGGGAUGGCGGUUGUCAAUACAGUGGAAUCGAUGAAGGAGAGGCAAGAAGGAAACGUCGCCGGCGACACAGAGGAGAGAAUGGAGACAAGGUCGGUUGCUGAUGGUGAAUUAGCUGGAUGCUGGGUGGAUGAGGAGUGACCACUCUUAUACGCGGCGCUCAGAUGGCUACGAAGCGCUAAGGAGGCCUCACUUGAGACGAAUCUUCCAUGCCGCAAAACAUAUUGGGGUGCAGAGCCGCGACGAAACUGGCCCAGGUCGUCGCAGUGGU